CGUCGAUGACGUUUGUGCCGUGAUGAGAUCAAUAUUUUCUAUAAUAUACUUGAAUUAGAAUAAUCUAGAUAUUUUUAACAUUUGUUUUACUACAAAAUCUGAUCAUUUUUCUCUUGUUAUAAGUGAUUUUCCUACGUAUUUUAGGAAAUACAUCUAAUAAUACAAAAUAUCAACAUGAAACUCGUAGUGAAAAAAUUACAAGGAGGCGAAUGUUGCGUAGAGGCACUGCCUAGUACCCUGAUAUCUGAAAUUAAACGCGAUAUUUAUAACAAAUUACGUAUACCUGUGCAAGAACAAAAAUUACUGUUCCUGGGGAGAACUCUUGCUGACGAACAGACUGUGCAGUCUUACCCUUUAAUAAAGGACGGUACGAAAUUAAAUUUGGUUGUUAAAAAACCGGACGGAUUCUAUGAGACUUGUGUAAAAGUAUAUAAGAAGUCAGGUAUGUCUGACGCGGAAGCUAAGAAAACAGCGGCCCGCCUACUGAAGGUGGUUGAAGAGAAAUUCAACAAGCUAUCUUGGGACGAUAUUGAGAGGCUAUCUGCAGACUGUUUGGCAUAUGAAUCUGGCCAGAGGCGGCCAGCACCAGUUGAACAGGAGACAGAUUCUGAUGACUUGUUCACUUUGUGACAGGGUUACUUUUACUACUUCCAUUUUUAAAUUAUGGAUGUGGGAAAUUAUUGACAUAUUCUAUUAAGACUAUUUCUGUAGAAGUUGGUUUAUUUCAGCCAUGUACUUACCAGAAAAGUGAUAGAGCAGAAGAUUACAUGUCAGUUGGUUAUUGUGUGUUCUUAUUAUACAGUAAUAAUAGUGUAGUCCAGCUUCUAAAUAAUUAUACUUUGCAUGUUUUAGUUUACAACUUUUACAAGUUGAAUAGAAUUUAUUACACAACUAUUAUGAUGAAUAUUAUAUGUUAUGAAAUAUCAAGUUAAUGAAUGUGUAUUUAAUUAAUUUAUUAACCUUAAUACUCAUUAAAUUCUCUAUAUAUAAAAGCAAAUGCUCUUUACAUGUCAUAAAAAAUAUGUGUUAAAUAUAUAUUUUUAGUAAUCUUAUCAUAUACACUAGAUAUUGAUGUAUUGAUAAUUAGAAUUGUCUUUAAUAAAAUAUUGCACUAUUUGCAUUAAUAUCUAACUUAUUAGGAAUAACAUUAAAAAUCGUAAAUAUAUAACUAAUUUAUAAUAACUGUGUAUAAAGUUUCCUGAUUGUCAUUUAUCAUUGUCCCAACAUUCAUGUUAUUUCCAAACUUCUGACAAAUUGAAAAUUUUAUGUUCAGUGUAAUUGAAAUGUUUUCUGAUUUCUCAAAAAACAAAUUCAGGUAUUCAAUAAGCAUGUGACAACAACAAUAACUUUCAAAUACCAAUAUGUUGAACUAGCAUGCCCGGAAUUUUCAUUUGCGUGAAAUUUAUAACCUGUGUUAUUGUGAUGGACAAGCUAUAUUAUUUAAAAGUUUCAUUAAAAUCUGUUUUUUCAUUUUGUGUGUGACAGAAUACGAAACAUCCAUCCACACAAACUUCCUCGUUUAUAAUGUUACCAAAUUUGCCGUUUCAGUCUUAUUGUAUAUUUCAGCAAGACUAUGACUGGUAUUAAACUUUGCGGGGUCACUGAUUAUAUAAUGAGAUAAGAUAAUUGUUGGCAAUUCUAUAAUUAUUCUGUUAGUGUUUUAAGGAAAUAUUAAAAAAUAAAACAUACUUGUCGUAUUAGAUCAUGCAUCACUGUUUUAUUUCCAUACCUAAGUCUAUAAAGUACAUUUGAUGGCAAGUUGGUACACUCAGUGUCUCAUUUCAUUUAAAUGCUAAUAUGUUUCAACAUAUAAUUUAUUGCAAGUUUUAAAUUCAGGCUUUCUUGCUGUAUUACUAUUCCACUUAAUACAAAUAUAUACACAUUGCCCUGCAAACAAUGACUUUCCCGUAGAAAUCGAAGAUGACCAAGAAGAACUAAAUUCUAAAAUACAAUGAUAUGAUAACUCAUAUAAAAAAACCUACAGACAUGUACAGAAUUGCAUACACCCAUUAUGUUGUAGAAACGAUUGAUUUUAAAAAUCUAAAACAUAUAUUUGACUACAUGGCUGACUAAAUGACAAUCACAUUUUUAUGUUGGCAGUACAUAUAUUCUUUCAAAUUCUUGCUCUAAUGAUUAUAAACAUAGUUUCUGGACUAUGCACAGCCGUGUGAUGUAUUGAAUUAUUACACAGAAAAUCGUAUACUGAAUAAAAUCUGAAACUAACUAAUAUGAACAAUAUUAAAGUAAACAAUAUUAUGACAAUUUGAGUACAACAAUGAUAAAUUGUGAUAUUUAUAACUUAUUUUUUAAAAUAAUUUAAGGAGAAUCAGUUUUCAUAAAUUAUUUUAAAAAAUAAUAUAUUUUUUAGAAAUACAAUCUGUGGCAUUAUUAGGAUGUAUACAUGCCAAAAUAUAAGAUUAAUAAGUAAUAAUUGUAACUGAUUGUAUGCACAGGAAUGAUAGAUUUAUAGGAAUUAAAAGAAAUGGAUUCAUUUGUUAUUCUAUAACUUUUGUGUCAAGUUUAUGACCGACAUUUCUAUACACCAGAGCAUCAUGCACAGUCCACCAUGACUCCUAACCCUCUCCCACUGGACGGGGAAUCGUCCCCCUCCGAUAGAUCACCCGACCAAUUCAAACGGAGAUCGAUUUUACGACGGCCUGAGCCGAUGUUCGAACCCCUAGCGGUGCCCUCAGACUAAAGUCAGUCAAGAGUUGGCUUUCAGCUGCUCCAUAAGUUCUUGGCGGAUUUACAGUGCCAUCUGCACUCGCCCAUCGUUCCGUGAAGCUGUAAAGACCAGCUGCGGCCAACAACAUAAGAAUAGUUCGAAAAAAAGGAUCAGCAUGAACUAUGUUUUAAUACAACCACGUAAAACAUUGAGAGAUCAAAAUGUUACAUAAGUUACAUUACAUAUUAAGAUUACGUUAGAUGAUGACUCAUAGGCACUUCACUUAAACAAAUCUACUUUCAAACAAUCACAACCGUACAAUGAGCCUAGGAAGAGACCUAGCGCAAUUGAAUCUACUUUUAUAAUUUAUAAGAUCCAUUGUUUUAAUAAAUCAGUAACAUAUAUGAUUUCAUUAAUAAAAACAAGAAUUUUAAGUCCAAAAAAAGUACAUUUGUUUUAUCAUUUAUAUUAUACGAUCAAAAUAAAUAUCAAUUUAUACCAAUGGCCCGUUUCAUUAUAAAAUAGCCAUAGACAAACUUUUUCUUGUGUUUGCAGUUGGACAAUUGUCAAAUACCAAUUUAGUAAUCAACAUUCUAAUUUAGCCUAUAACCUACAAUUUUGAUUUUCUUAAUUUAGAUAUUUUUCAAAUGCGCUAGAGUCAAUCAUUUUUAGUUACAAAUCGUUAAAUAACAUGAAUAUCAGCGUAGAUUAUUGCAAUUGUUAUCAUUUAACGACGCACAUUUAACGUCCUAUUUAAUCAUACAUACAUACUUAAUGCAGUCACAGCCACUCGGUCACCCGUCAGGUUGACCUAACUCAACUCCCGCUCUGAUUGGCGUAUUUCCAAAGAGGGCGGGGCGUAGCAAUCGAAUGGAACCCGCAUAUGGCAAUCGUCUGACGAACCGAACAAUGUGUGACCGUACUUAUAUAUACAGGUGUAGUUAAAUGCAAAAUUAUACGCACAUUUUCAAAGCUAGUUGUAGUUUCGAAAACGCUACUUAUUUCAUAAUAUCAAACUGGCUUAGUUAUUUAAUAGUCAAGUUUCAGUUAUGUAUGUACUUACAUUACUAAAAUAUAAGUUUAAAAAAGAACAUUUGUAUAUACAGAAUGUAACAAAUAGGUACUUACUUCCAAGAAUAUGAGGCUAUACAGAUUUUGAUCACAAAGCAACAAAAAACACAACUUAACAUAUUUUGGUACUUUUUACUGCACGCCAUCAUUUUAUCCUGGUUACAAUAAAAUUACAAAAAGCUUUAUGAAGAUUGUUUACAUUGUAGCGACGAAUGGUAACAAACUUUGACAUGAUAAUUUUUCCAAUUGUCAUAAUGUCUUUCCUGAUACACCUGUAUUAUAGCAAUUUCAUUGAUGUUCUACAUUAUAGAGAUAGUAAUGUAAAAUAAUAAUAUAUUGUAAUCUGUACUUGGUAUUUUUUAUAGCAAUCAAAUCUAACAAAACCAAACGAUGAAUCAUAGCGACGGCAAUUCUCAUAUAAUUACUGUGUCUCAAGCCUAAAGUAGUAUUCGAUAGCAGUUGGCUUUUGGUGCCCUACAAAACCUUCCCCGUAAUGCCCCUCUGCAUUCCCGUUCGUCUUGCGAAGCUGUAAAGGCCAGUUGCGGCAUACAGCAUUAGAAAAGUUCGAAAAUGAAUUCAUCGCAAUGAUUUACUGUUUGAUUUUGGCAGUCAGCAGUAAGUAUAUAUUUAAAAAAUUCACUCGUUAGUAUCUCGUCUAUAUCACUAUUUAAUUAGAUAUUUAAAAAUGCAUACCAAUUUUUUAAUAUACACUAUGAAUUACUUUUUAAAAUAUAGUUGAAAUAGAAUAAUGCUGUAGUAGGCGCUUUAUAUAUAAUCAGAUAUCAAACCACUAUAGUCCUUUGAAAUAUAAAUUUUAAAUAAAUUCGUAGCGAUAAUUGGUAGUAACAUUUAUUGGAGUACAUUUUAUGGAAUUAGGUGUUACUUUAUUAUUUUAAGAAGGUCGUAACGGUAGUCAAGAUUCACACUGAAUAUUUUAGAUACAUGCUAAUUGUGGCAGAAUUAAAUAAUAUAAUAGAAAUCCAUUCAGUAGUAAGAUUUAUUGGUCUUUUUACACCAAUGUUGCAAAACUUUCUAGGCUUCAAUACCCUUUAUAUUGAAGCCUAGAAAGAUCUGCAACAGGUUUAUAAGAUUUAAACAAGAUCUCAAUAUUUUAAGACCGUUGCAAGUACUUCUAACACCGUUAUGCCCGUUAAUAAUAUAAUUAGUUUUCUUUAAUUAUUUUUGUACAUUUCA